AUGGAAAAGUCAGAGACGAAGGAGAAGCCGUCUCAGGUUUUGGAGAAGACGGAGGCGUUUGACACUGUCCACCAUACCAUUUCAGAGGAAGAUGCCGAGCGUACUCAUACCGUGGAAGGCCACCUUAAUGCCACCGAAGAUGACAUUCUCGAGGCCAAGGAGCUGGCAGCUUCCAUGAGCCUGGAGCACGUCCGCCGUCUCAUGAAGAACGUGUUGGCUAUCCACGAUGGAGACCCCAACUUCCCCCACGUCACUCUGCAGAAGAUAAAGGAGUUUAUGGAUAAUCCCGCCAUCAUGGAGCACCCCGAGAAGCACGAGCGCCUCGUCCAAGAGAUGAAGCUCGAAGCCGCUCUCAUCACCAACAACAGUCCAUACGCCGAAGUCCGCGCCGUCACGGACAACCACGACGACCCCAGCAUGCCCGUCUCUACAAUCCGUGCCUGGACCAUCGGCAUCGCCUUUUCAUGCCUCCUGGCCUUUGUCAACCAGCUCUUCUCCAUACGCCAACCGCCCAUCCGAUUCGACACCAACAUGGCCCAGCUACUUGCCUAUCCGGUCGGCAAAGCAUGGGAGAAGUGGAUGCCCAAGAAGGAGAUGCGCGUUCCCUUUACGAGCCAAAUCAUUAACCUAAACCCAGGGAGAUUCAACAAGAAGGAGCACAUGCUCAUCGCCAUCAUGGCCAACACGGCUCGAAGCCUGCCUUACACGCAGUACAUUAUCUGGACCCAGGUGCUCCCUCAGUACUUUAACCAGCAGUACGCACGUAGCUUUUCUUACAUCUUCCUCAACGGCUUUGCCACCAACUUUAUCGGCUAUGGUCUGGCUGGCCUGACGAGAAAGUUCCUCGUGUACCCGUCGUACUGCGUGUGGCCCAGGUCCCUCGUCACCAUUGCCCUUAACACCGCUCUGCACAACGAGGAGAACCACUCCGUGCAGGGACCGUUUGGCAAGAUCUGGAACAUUUCAAGAUACCGAUUCUUCAUGGUAUCCUUUGCUGCUAUGUUUGUCUACUUUUGGUUCCCCAACUACUUGUUCCAGGUUCUUACGUACUUUUCAUGGAUGACUUGGAUUGCCCCUGAUAACGUGCACUUGAAUAUUCUUACUGGCAUGCAGAAUGGUCUCGGUCUAUUCAACCCCCUUCCCACGUUUGAUUGGAACGUCAUCAACUUUAACGAGACUGACCCCUUGAUGAUCCCCUCCUUCUCAACAUUCAACUUUGCUGGCGGCAUGUUCAUCACCGGCCUCUUCAUCCUCGGCGUCUGGUACACCAACACGUGGAACACGGCAUAUCUCCCCAUCAACAGCAACCGCAUCUACGACCACUUCGGCAAGCUGUACAAUGUCUCGCGGACCCUGGACAACCGCGGCAUGUUCGAUCUCGACAAGUACAGCAAGUACUCUGCGCCCUACAUGAGCGCGGCCAACUCGCUGCUGUACGGGUUCUUCUUCGCCAUCUACGCCGCUGUCAUCACGCACGUUAUUCUCUACCACCGGUACGAGCUCAAGAUGGGUUUCAAGAACCUUGUCAAGGGGCUACGAUGGAGACGCAACAAGAAGGAGAGCGAGGGCGAGCAGGGUAACGAGCGUGCAAUGGAUGGCGAAUACCUCGAUGUUCACAAUCGUCUCAUGGCUGCGUAUCCCGAAGUCUCCGAGUGGUACUACUUCCUUACUCUCAUCAUCUCUAUCGUCUUUGGCGUCCUCGGCAUCGCCCUCUGGCCGACGUACACUUCGCCCGCCGUCGUCCUGUACGGUAUCUGGCUGUGCCUCAUGUUUGUCGUCCCCGUCGGCAUCGUCGCCGCCAUGACGGGCAUCGAGGUCACGCUGAACGUGCUCGCCGAGUUCAUCGGCGGCAUGAUUGUCGAAGGCAACGCUCUGGCCAUGAACUUUUUCAAGUCCUACGGAUACGUUACUUGCGCCCACGCGCUGUCUUUCGCCAACGACCUCAAGCUCGCGCACUACGUCAAGAUUCCACCUCGCGUCACCUUUGCCGCACAAAUGAUUGCCACCUUCAUAUCCACCCUUAUUUGCACCGGCAUCAUCAAAUUCCAGAUGGAAAUCAGCGGCGUCUGCACGCUCAACCCGCCCAUGCGCUUCCGAUGCCCCGGCCCAAACACAUUCUUCACCGCGUCGGUGCUCUGGGGCACCAUCGGUCCCAUCAAGGUGUUUGGCAAAGACGGCCAGUACAAAUGGCUGCUGCUGGGCUUCCCAAUGGGCAUCGCCCUCGUGCUCGCCUUCUUCGGGCUCAAGAAGCUGUGGCCGAAUAACCGCGCCCUAAGGCAGAUUCACCUCGUUGCCGCUAUUGCGGGCGGUCUGCAGUGGGCUCCCUAUAGUUUCUCGUAUGCGUUCCCCGCCGUCCCAGUAGCUUGGUUCUCGUGGAUCUAUAUCCGGGGGCGGUACCUCGAUUUCUGGUCCAAGUACAACUUUGUGCUGUCGGCCGCAUGGUCCGCGGGCAUCGCUAUAUCGGCCAUCAUCAUGCUCUUCUCGGUUCAAUGGGUCGGCGCGGAGAUUGAAUGGUGGGGCAACACGCAGCCGUCUGCCGGGUGCGAGGGCACGGCGUGCACGCUCAAGUCGUUGGCGCCGGGGGAGAGGUUCUAUCCGUGGUGGGACGCGAGCAAGGUUCCUGCUCCGUAG